AUGCUUGGUAACCAGGGUUGGAACAUUAUUAACAGGCCUCAUUCUUUAGUGGCCCGCGUUCUUAAGGCUCGUUAUUUUCCAACAACAUCUUUUUUGAAGCAUCUUUGGGCCACAAUCCUAGCUUUUUAUGGCGUAGUAUAUGGGCGACUCAGAGUCUGGUUAAAGCUGGUGCUUAUUGGAGAAUUGGGAAUGGCAGAUCUUAUGAUCGGCUAUAGAUGGAAUGAGAGUUUAAUAGCUCAGUUGUUCAAUGAUAGAGAUAGGAGUUGUAUUUUAAACAUCCCUCUAAGUCUUUCUUCGCAUCCAGAUGCGUGGUGCUGGAAGUUUGCGUCCAAGAGUCACUAUUCUGUUAAGAAUGCUUACAGAUUUUUGGUUGCUGGGUUUCGACAUAGGGAAGGUAGUGAGAUAUGGAGUCGUUUUUGGAAGACGAAGGUGCCUCCUAAAGUGCUUAAUUUCUGCUGGCGUGCUUUAGUUAAUGUAGUUCCUUGCCUCUCUUUGCUUCAGUCCAGGAGAGUUCCGGUUGAUUCGAUGUGUCCGUUGUGUCAUGAGGCUCUUGAGACUAUCCUACAUAUUCUUGUUCAGUGUCCUUUUGCCCGCAGUUGCUGGUUGAGUUCGCCUUUGAGUUGGCCUGCAUUCUCCGCUGUCUCUCUUAGGGAGUGGUUCUCUUUAGCCUUCCUUACUGCUUCUGCGGAGAAUGCUUCCCUUAUUCUAAUGAUAAGUUGGGCUUUGUGGCAUAACAGAAAUAAUGUUGUUUGGAAAGCUCAAGGUCGAACUGCGAGUGGUGUGUUCUUCAUGGCACUGAAUUUUUUGCAGCAAUGGAGGGGGGCCUGUUCUGAUUCUACCAGCUGCACCAAUGUUGUGUCGGCUUUGACUGUUUAG